UGAAAGAGCUGAUUCAUUAUCAAAAGCCACUAGAUAGUUUCAGUUGUUAAAAUGCAAGCUCCUGUCGUUUUUUUGAACACAUCCACACAGAGACAAUCGGGUAGAGAAGCCCAGAUUCAAAACAUCACAGCUGCAAAAGCAGUUGCAGAUAUCAUCAGAUCAUGUCUUGGACCUAAAGCCAUGCUUAAGAUGUUGCUAGAUCCUAUGGGGGGCAUAGUGUUGACCAACGACGGACAUGCAAUUUUGAGAGAAAUUGAUGUUGCGCACCCUGCUGCAAAGUCAAUGAUUGAAUUAAGUAGAACACAAGACGAAGAAGUUGGAGACGGUACGACCUCUGUUAUUAUAUUAGCGGGUGAAAUUCUUGCACAAACAUACCCUUACAUUGAAAAAAACAUUCAUCCAGUUGUUAUCAUUCAAGCAUUGAAACAGGCCUUGAGCGACGCUUUGGAAAUUAUUCACAAAGUCUCCAUGCCAAUCGAUUUGACAAAUGAUGCGCAGUUAAUCAAGUUGAUUUCUGCUUCCAUUGGAACCAAAUAUAUUGCCAAAUGGUCUGAUAAGAUGUGCAAAUUAUCACUGCAAGCGGUCAGAAAUGUGAUGGUAGAAGAUGGAGACUACAAGGAGAUUGAUUUGAAGAGAUACGUCAAAGUUGAGAAGAUACCAGGUGGAGAAAUUGACGAUUCUGUGGUUUUGGAUGGUAUCUUGUUGAACAAGGAUGUCGUUCACCCAAAGAUGAAAAGAAACAUCGAGAAUCCAAAAAUCAUAUUAUUAGAUUGUCCACUUGAGUAUAAGAAAGGUGAAUCACAAACCAAUAUCGAAAUUACCAACGAGUCAGACUGGAACAGAUUACUAGAAAUUGAGGAAGAGCAAGUUAAACUAAUGUGUGAAAAGAUUUUGGAACUCAAGCCAGAUUUGGUUAUAACGGAGAAAGGGGUUUCUGACUUAGCACAACACUAUCUCUUAAAGGGGGGUUGUACAGCGUUAAGAAGAGUCAAGAAAUCUGAUAAUAAUAGAAUCGCAAGAGCUAGUGGUGCGACGAUCGUGAAUAGAGUUGAAGACUUGAAAGAAAGUGACAUUGGUACCAAGUGCGGACUAUUUGAAGUGAAGUUAAUCGGUGAUGAAUACUUCACGUUUUUGAUUAAAUGCCAAGACCCAAAAGCAUGUACCGUCCUCUUAAGAGGUCCUUCUAAAGAUAUUCUAAACGAAAUUGAAAGGAAUUUACAGGACGCAAUGGCCGUUACAAGAAAUGUCUUCUUUGAGCCAUCUUUAUCUCCUGGUGGAGGUGCCACAGAAAUGGCAGUCUCUGUUGGUUUGGCUGAGAAAUCAAAAACUAUCGAAGGUGUCCAGCAGUGGCCAUACCAAGCCGUUGCCGAUGCUUUUGAAGUGAUUCCAAGAACCCUUAUUCAAAACUGCGGUGGUAAUGCGAUUAGAGUCCUUUCGCAACUGAGAGCCAAACACGCCAAUGGCGAACAUACAUGGGGUGUCGAUGGCGAUAACGGUAAGAUUGUCGACAUGAAUGAAUACGGUAUCUGGGAGCCUGAAGUCAUCAAGCAGCAAAGUGCUAAGACUGCCAUCGAGAGUGCUUGCAUGUUACUUCGUGUGGACGAUAUCGUCAGUGGUGUUCGUCAACAACAGUAGUCUUUAUACGUACAUAUACCUGUAUAAUAACAGUAGCUUUCACCAUUGUAUCAUCACCUAUUCAUCAUUCUGUCU